CGUCCCAGCUGGAGACACGGCAGGCGGUGCUGGCGAAGUGAGUCUGCGGUAAAUGCCGUAAAGAGCUGCUAUCGUAAAAUAAAACGGUAAAGAAAGUGUUCCGUCUUCCAAGUUUUUAAAGAAAGCACAAAUAAGCAAAAGUGAAAGUGGCCGAACUGCCGCGAGUUGGUGUCCAGAAUGGGGGAGCUCCACACCCACUGCGUAAGCUGUGUCAACAGGAGAUGCAUGACCAGGCCAGAGGCAGGCCUUUCCUGUGACCUUAUUGGCUGCUCUCUGGUCUGUGGGGCCAUCUUUCAUUCAUGUAAAAGUGAUGAGCAUCGUUUGCUGUGCCCGCUAGAACGGGUCCCUUGUCUGAACAGUGGCUUUGGGUGUCCAUUCUCAGUCACUCGUAACAGAAUUGCAGAGCACCUGGAGGUAUGCCCCGCCAGUGUUGUAUGUUGCACCAUGGAGUGGAACCGCUGGCCCGUUAGCUAUGCUGAUCGCAAAUCCUACGAGAACUUGAGUAAGGAUGUUGACGUAGUGGAGCAACUGGACAUGGCUCUGGCAUUACAGGACCAGCGGAUGCUGUUAGAAUCACUUAAAGUUGCGGGGGCAGUUUCCAAAAAUGUAGGCAAGCAAGUAAGUUCAAAUGAGAACGUAGCUGUGGCAUCGAGAUUACCAGAUGCUCAAAUUACCAAUGGAAUUAUUGGCAUGGAUGAGGAGUCUUACAGCGAACUUUACCAAGCAACACUGGAGACUAGUAGAAGCUUGGCUGCAGCUUUGGAUAUCCUCAGUAGUGCAACUAAGGAGAUGGACUUAAUAAAUGGGAACAUAUCGAUGGAAAAGGCAGAAAAAAAUGGAGCAUUUGUUGAUAAGGUUGAUGUAGAGGUUUUGGGAUAUGGGAACGUAGAAAUGAAGGAAAGUGAUAUGGAGUCUGUCUCUGAGCUUGGAGCAGUAGGAGGCAUAGACCAGGAAUUUCUUACAGAUUAUCUAAGAGAUGGCAAUGGGUGGACAGAACCAAAUGGAUUUAUUGAGAUUUUGGAUGAAGGACUAGAGGAUGAUGGUCUGAUUGGUCUCGAGAGGAAGACUCUUCCUAAUGGUUUUCAUUUCACACAGCACAAUCGGGUUGAGGUGCGACAGAACGGUGUGGAUUUUGAUGGUAUUGAGUUGAAACACCCUGAAACCAAUGGAUCUUUUGAGAUGAUUCAGCCUGAAAACAGAGAGGAGUUACCUUACUGUCAUCCUGUACCCAGUGAAGUCCAGGAGCCUCCAGUUUCACAGCCAACACUGUCUCUACCACUAGCGUUACCAUUAGCGUUUCCGCUUCCUGAUCUCAUUCAUGAUGAUGCUGUGGAACACCUCCCCGGGGUUUUUGAGGACAGGUGGCUGGAGCGUAAACUGCAGAACCUUCAAGUGCUCAGAGGAAUGAGCAUGUACGCACUUAACGGGCGCCGAGCUUUCUUCACUGACGCAUACUCUUGUAUUGUGAAAAUGGAAGACAAAUCGGUGGAUACCUCUGACUUGGAAGUCACUGAUGAUCCUAUGGGGCUUCAUGGGAUUGACGUCAUCACGGCAGCCUUGCUCUUCUGCUUGGGAGAUUCGCCAGGAGGCCGUGGGAUCUCGGACAGCCGAUUUGUCGAUGGGUACCGCAUCGACUUCGGUACUCAGACUUUCUCCUUCCCUUCGGCUAUUCUGGCAACCAACACUAUGGUGGGUGACAUAGCCUCGGCAUCCGCCUGCGAUCACGCAAAUCCGCAGCUCUCAAACCCAAGCCCCUUUCACACUCUCCGGCUGGACUUGGUCCUUGAGUGCGUGGCACGGUAUCAGACAAAACAGCGCUCCAUGUUUACCUUUGUGUGCGGCCAGUUGUUUAGGCGUGAUGAAUUUUCGUCUCACUUCAAAAAUGUCCAUGGGGACAUCCAUGCUGGUCUCAAUGGAUGGAUGGAGCAGCGGUGCCCCUUGGCUUAUUAUGGUUGUACCUAUUCCCAAAGAAGAUUCUGUCCGUCUGUGCAGGGCUCUAAAGUUGUCCAUGAUCGACACCUGGGCUCGUUUGGAGUUCAACCCAAUGUCUCUGCUGUGGUGAUCAAGCCCCUUUCACACAGGACAUGCGCUUUGGGUCCCCAUGGUGACCGUCUGAGUAGCCUUCCAUUUGAGAUCCUGCAGCACAUUGCACUCUUCCUGGAUGGAUUCAGUCUGUGUCAGCUCUCCAGAGUGUCCCACUUGAUGAGGAAUGUGUGCUCCAGCCUUCUGCACGUGCGGGGGAUGGUUGUUCCAGUGUGGGAGAAGCAGCACUCCUCCAAUGGGUUCUCCUCGUGGCAGAUCAAGGACAAGGUUUGGCGUUUCAGCACAGCCUUUGGCACCGUGGAGGAGUGGAAGUUUGCUGACAUCGCCAGCAUGGCAGAUCACCUGAAGGUGUGCUGCUUUAACACGGUCGAGCGGAGAGAGGAGGCUGUACCCCUGCCCUGCAUGUGCUUCACCAGGGAGCUCACCAAAGAUGGUCGUUCGCUGCGCUCCGUCCUCAAGCCAGUGCUGUGAGGAUUGGCAGCUUCGAGGAGUUUCCACAGCUCAAGCCAUGGUUGUAACCUCAUUGUAGCGUAAUAUUUACCCAUUUAAUUUAGCAUAAAAUAUAAACUUUUUUCAUGCUUUUAAAAUAUAAAAUUCAGUACUGUGAUGCAUUAAAGUUGAAACAUGGAGCCUUAACGUGUGACUUAACAUUUGACUUGCUGGACAUGGUAGGUUCUUCUGUAUCUUCAUUGCUAUUGCUUCAGGGUUGUACAUCCACGUAAAUUUUGCAUGGUUUGAUAUUUAAUGAGUGCCCUAUUGUGGGCGAUUAAAACUUGAUAAUUAUAUACACUUCGGCAGGAAUCUCAAGGAUUUCUUUUUAAGGUAAUUACUGACCAAACUGAAAAUGUCUCCUGCUUUCCUCUUGUCACCAAUGGAAGAAUGUGAUUAUUUUACCUGCCUUUUCAUCUAACGACAUUGAGUUGAAUUUUGACAAGGGUAUGUAGGGCUGUCUCUCAGGAAAAGAUCAUGGAAACAGGCACAUUCUGUGAGUGAGUGUUGGGUUUUGCUGUAUGGGAAGAGUUUGCAGGAUUUACUCUUUAUUUUACCUAUAUGUGUGGGUUAAAAUGCACACAGUGGCAGGCACUACAUCUUAUUUUUCUUAAUCAAUGCUAUAAUUAAAAGAUUGACUAGCACUUUAGUGUUGGGGGGAAGUUUUAAGUUCUCAACUUUGUUUCGUUCUCAGUUGAGCAAUAUGAACAGAUACGAAUCACAAAAUUCCUGCCCCCUCUACUCAAAAGUAUUUAAUUCAGUCAUAUAUUUGGACAAUCUUUGACUUGCCGAGCUGCAGUUUCAGUGUAGGUAAGCCUGUAUAUUUUGUGUGUUUUGUGUGAAUGUUUUAACGUAUUUAUUUAGAUGAUUUUCUCUUUAAGGUGUUAAUGGUACAACUGAAAAGAGAGUAGCAUUAUGUUGCUCAUUUGAGUUGCUUUGUAUUUAGUUUUACAUUUUGAAAUACACUUUUUCAGGGUAAUGAUCAAGAUGACUUUAACUGCUUCUUAAUUUUGUACUUUUAACCAGCCUUAGCACUUAGAACACAGAUGGAAGAGUUUUUUUUUUUUUUUUUAAUACUGAUAGAAACUCUUGUGGGCAGUCACCUAGUCAUCGUCAUCCACACCUCCCUCCCAGCCUGACAUAUCUUCUGGCAAAGAGUUGUUGGCAUAUUGCAAUACGGGUUGUUAGAAAGCAUCACAACUUUUCAGUGGAUGUACUGUAAUUUUAUUGCAGUGUUGUCUGGACGUUCUCAGUUUCUUGUCUUUUACAUCCAACUGUUGUGUUAACUUACAGUAUUAUGGAAAAGCAUGGAGAUGGAAAUUUAAUAGGUCACAAUAAGUAGCUUCCUUUGAUUUUUCUUGUGUUCAAAGUGCUAAAAAAAAAGAAAAAAGAAAAAAUAAGGUUAUUGUUUGUGUUUGUCUUUUUAGCCUUGUUUUUUUUUUUUUUUUUUUUUUUCCUCCCCACCUCCAGGAAAUAUUUCCAGAAAUCCCAGUUUCCAAAAGGUACAUGCUGAGAUUGUUAAGAAGGAUGCCAAUGUUUACAGCUAUGCUGGUUUCUUUAACGUACAAUUGUGCGGGCACAAUAUGGUUGCAGGAAUUGAGAUGGACAUA